CUACUGUGCUGGCUCGUCUUCCUCGUUUUUCCAUAAGAUAUUGGGCGGGCGGAUGUCUGUCUGCAUGUUGCCACUUGUCUUUAGUAGUAUUUCGGACGCUUUCGCCGUCGGUCGGUGCAUUUGGUCGGUUUUCGUGCUUUCGGGGGUUACUUUUCGAUCGAAUUAUUCGGUAUAUUAUGUGUCAUUGAGUGUAAUUGAGUGAAUUUAAAUGUGAACUCGUUCAUUGAUUGAAUUUGUUUCAUGAGAAACAAAAAAAAAAAGAUCGAAAAGUAGCGAUAGUGUCGAUCAAUAUCGAAGUCGGCGGCGAUCAAAGGGGAUCAAAGAAGGCGCGUGUGUUGUUGCGUUGGCGAUAAAGAGCAACAAACGAGAUAGCGUUGUUCCAUCUGGUUUUUGUCAACGGUGAACGGUGGGGAAUGUCGGGAGCAGUGUUGUAUUGCUGAGUACGGCUGUUUCGCAGCCGACCAACAACGUUCGGGGUGAACGGUCGCGGAUGGUGUAAAAGCGGAGGAAGUGCACAGCGGGAGGAAGAAGAGGAUCAAGUUUUAUUGCAUUCAAGUGCGAAGAAUAGAGCCAGAAUGUUGUAAAUUUGAGGCAGUUUACUGUCGGUUCAGUGGUGUUGGUGAAACAAGGCAAUCCAAGUGGCUGUGCAGAGCUGAAAAAAGUCAAACAGCCGUCGCCGGUUGCGAUAGUGUUGGUGUUGAGAAUAGCAGUCGAUCGUGUUUGGAGUGUUGUUUAUUGCACUUCGAAGUUAUCGAUAGCUUCGAAGUGUGCGUGUUAAAAUAACACCGGAAAGUGGAUGAAGUGGAAUAAAGUUAAAAGCAGUACAAAAAGGGGUAUAAAAAAUCGGAGAGUGUGAGAAGGAGUCGUGCGGUUUUUGAAAAUUGGAAUGGCUAAAAUGGCAAUGAUGUUUGAAUACAUCAUUUUGAUGCUAUGUUUAGUUGGUUCGGGAUCCAUUCAGCAACAGGAAUCGUUCGGGGGUCAUGAAAUGUCCAGUAUGAAUUCGGAUGAUUUCCAGCAUCACAAUCGAUGUGAAACGAUCACAAUACCAUUCUGUACGGAUAUUCAAUACAACAGAACCAUCAUGCCAAACCUGAUUGGACACACCAAGCAGGAGGAAGCUGCACUGGAGGUUCAUCAGUUCAUACCGCUCGUGAAGAUAGACUGCAGUCCAGAUCUCAAGUUCUUUCUUUGCACCUUGUACGCACCUGUCUGUACAAUCCUCAACUAUCCCAUACCACCUUGUCGGAGUUUGUGCGAGAGUGCACGAGUGUGUGAAACAAUUAUGAGGACUUUUGACUUUCCAUGGCCGGAGAACUUGGAGUGUAGCAAGUUUCCAGAGGAUGGCAAAGAACUAUGCGUUUCACAGAAUACCUCAUCGGAAAGCACACCAAUGCCAACGAGUGCAAUGCAUCCCACUAAACCCCAUGCUCCACGGAAGAACGUUCAUGCUGGAGCUGGUGUUGGUAAUCACCUAGGAAGCAGUCAUCGAGAUUUGGGAUUCAUCUGUCCGGUCCAAUUGAAGGCCCCAACGAUUAUGGGCUAUCAGUUGACUGUAGGAGGAAAGGUUACCAAGGAUUGCGGUGCACCGUGCCAUUCGAUGUUCUUCUCGGAGAACGAGCGGACCGUGCUCAAGUACUGGGUCGGCUCCUGGGCGGCCGUUUGCGUGGCCAGUUGUCUCUUUACGGUCCUAACGUUCAUGAUAGAUUCAUCUCGCUUCCGAUAUCCGGAGCGUCCAAUUGUGUUCCUGGCCAUCUGCUAUCUCAUCGUCGGAUGCGCUUACGUCGCCGGGCUCGGGGCCGGCGAUUCCGUGGCGUGCCGUGAACCGUUUCAACCGCACAUCAAACUCGGUCGGAUGCACAUGCUGUCCACCAUUACUCAGGGUCACCGCCAGUCGACGUCCUGCACGGUCCUGUUUAUGGCGCUGUACUUCUGCUGCAUGGCUGCCUUUGCCUGGUGGGCUUGCCUAGCGCUGGCCUGGUUCCUGGCGGCGGGUCUCAAGUGGGGUCACGAAGCAAUCGAAAACCGAUCCCAUCUGUUCCACUUGGUGGCGUGGGCGAUUCCGGCGAUCCAGACCAUUUUCGUGCUCGCUCUCGGCAAAGUUGAAGGUAUGACAAUUUGCAGUUAACGACACUUUUUGUGCAUGAGAUUGGGUAAGAUGAAUUUACAUAUUGAAUAAAAUUGAGUUGAAACUUACCUUGAUCUAAGGUGUCGAAUUUCACGACUGACUGCUAUCAAGAUUAACACGCGAAUAGCAAAACAGUCGUAAAUCACCCAAAGUUUGUUGCCACCAACAAACAAACAAUCAUUCAACUCGCUCGCAAACUUCUACCGAAAGAUUACUCGUUAAUGUCAGGUUCACACCCAUCAAAAACGUUAUGAUCGACCUCGAGUGAAAGAAUAUAAUAUGUGGAUGAAAUUCCGGUUGCACCGGCUUGUCAUUACCAGCACCGCCCCGCCAAGAACGUGGUCUGAUUGAAGGUUGCGCGUGAUAGGCGCCCGGCGGCAUCUAGUUUGCCAUUUUUAUGUGACGCGUCCGUCGAAAGGUGAUCCAGUUGAUGGGAGCGAAACUAAUUUCGCAUUUUAUGGAAGUAGAUUUCUGCCUCCGGUUUUAUUGGACCAGGCUGGUUUUAUGGUGUUGUUGGCUCGAUGUGCUGAAAUCUUUCGCCCAGAAGCGUGGCUUCGAAUUGAAACUUAAGGUUGUUGAAGAAUCCAAGUUCAGAUUGUGGUCUGUUUCCGAAACAGAGGGAAAACUUGAGCGCGCGAAUGAUCGUGUUUGUGCAAUCGUUUUAACGACUUGGUGAUAAAGAGAUAAUUCGUACUCUGAGAAGAAGAUAAUUAAGUGUCCAGGAAAGUCUAGCUGCUUCCAACUAAUUAUGAGGGUUGUUUCCGAAGCAGCAUUCCAUGGUUCUAAAGCCGUUGAUAAUUGCUUUAUAACUUAAGAACUUUAGUGCUGUUGCAACCAUAUAAAAUUAUUUGUAGACUUGAUAUUGGAAAAAGUUGAAGUGAUAAUUUGAAGAAUAUUUCCUAUGCGCGUGUUGAGUCUCCAAUAUUUCUGUAAUUCGUUCAUGCUCCUCUCCAAACGAACAGUACACACACAAUUAUUCAUUGCCACGAAGACGAAAAACUACCAAAUCGAACCAUGUCCGGGUGAAAGAACUCAAUCUUCUUUGCUUCUCCAUUUACUUAUAGCUCUAGGAGUCUAGGUAAUCUUCCAACACAGGGAACGAACUCGUCGAUGGAGCAGGAAAUUCGAUCAGGUGAAUUAUGGCAUCGCAUGAAUUUCCGCGCAAGCAACUGAGAUGUAUUGACCAUUAGCAUGCUUUUCCCGUCCGCCCUCGAACCGGUUUCGAAACCAAUCCGAUUGGUUAUGCAUCGGUUGUAUCGAAUUUGGUGCGAGAGAUUAUUUGAUUUAAUUUAUUUUUUAUCUCCAUGUGUUGGCAGCAAUGCAUCACGUUAAUUAUGUGUCGCCUGUCACGUGGGUACAAACUAGAGUGGGUCAACGUUGUAUGGAGAAAAUUUAAAUUUGAUCGUAUCAACCCGGAACAAAGCUUUUUCAAUCUGUAUUGUCAUCCAAAAUAACUGUGCAAAAUUUGGAAGCGAUUGGUUGCGUCCCCGUAUUCCGCAUUGCGAAUGAAAUUUGUAUGGAAGUUAGUAUGGGAAAGUGUACUUUUUUGCAUUUUAUUCAUAAGUUGAAUUCUUUUGUCUAAAACCAUGUAACUAAUGACGUUAAAGUAUAGCUUAGGAUAUGCCGGAAAACUUUGCCGAAGACCGCAAAGUGAUCCGACGCUUGUAAAAAAGUUAUUCGUUUGGUAACUUAGGCCAAAAAUUGAGAUUGUAUUAUUGAUGUUAUUCCUUUACAUGUUAAAUACUAAGCAUCACCGGGCAAUCUGUAGGUUAUACCUUUUAUCACAAGUUUCGGAUCACUUUGCGGUCUUCGGCAAAGUUUUUUGGCAUAUCCUUCAACGUCAUUAAUUAGAUCGUUUUGGAAAAAAAUUUCAAUUUAGGAGAAAAAUGCAAAAAAGCACGUUUUCCCAUACUAAAUUCCAUACAAAUUUCUAUCGCAAUGCGGAAUACGGGGACGCAUCCAAUCGCUCCCAAAUUUUGCACAGUUGUUUUGGACGCCAAAGGGAAUCGAAAAAACUUUGUUCCAAAAAUCGACUUUGUUGACCCAGUCUAGUACAAACAGAUCCCAUUCAUUUUCCAAUUGUUUGUGUUCAGGUUCAGGCGGUGACUUCCGGAUGACUCGAGUGAUGACGUUGACGACCCUGUCUGUGUAAUGACAUUUUCUGCUGCAGUAAACCGCAUUCAGAGGCCUUUCGCUUCGUUACAUUCUGAUAAAACAUUGAUUAAUGUGGCUAUCAUUCAGCUGAAACAUGGGGCGGCACGAUUUUUUUUAACCCAAGCGAACCGAAAGUGCACAAUAAUAAUUACGCCAACGGUGCACAAAUAAACCGCGAAACAAUAAUCAGUGCAUCAUGCCAAUCGGCAGCGGAAUUCGAGUUUUUUUUAUUGCGUUUACAAAAGUCAUGAAAAAUUGAACAAUAAAAUGAUACAAAUAAAAAAGGGCUUUCACAUGUCAUUGAGUGGCGAGCAUUGCAUUGAUUGGUGUUGCACGGGUGCAUGGCGAAGCCGUGAACCAAUUCCAUUAGCUUCGUUGAUUUCAUGAAAAGAUAAUGCAGACCCUGAAAACCACAUAAAGGGAAUUAUUUUAUUCAUGUAAUAUUAAUCGAUAUGUAGCGAUAUCACUUAUAUUUUCGCAGAGAAAAAAGAAUUCUCACCCAUUUGAACACUUAUAAUUUAAAGAUAAUGCUGUUGGAUAUCGACAGUAAGCCCAACUAACAAUUGCAAGUCACAAACAAGCAAGCUUGCUGAAUUGUUGGUCGAUAAUGGUAAUGAUAGCCGAACAAAAAUUGUGCUCUACACAUCACUGUUUAAAUGAUUUUUCAAUUGGAAAAGUAGUCAACGUUUGGCUUUCUUCAUCGGUAUUGACAAUGAUAAAUGUUGACACUUUUUAAAAAUUUAAUGAGAAUUUUAUUUGACAAGCACUAGUUCCUUUACUAAACAGAUGCAAGGGAACGAGCGAUUGUCUGGCGUUGCUUUCUACAGAAAUUAAACUGGCUCACGCUCAUAAAGAGCAAACAGGCUCAGUAUUUUUGGAUAUUAAAGGGCUUUUGAUGCAGUUUGCGUUGAUGUCCUUUCAGACAAACUCCACGUGGGCUUUCUCCGAUUUUAAACUACUGUUUGUACAACUUGUUGUCUAAGAAGCACAUGUUUUUUUCUCUCAUGGGAACUCGGAAACUUCACGAAUUAGUUACAUGGGUCUCCCCCAGGGCUCAUGCCCCCUCAAGCCCCUUCUUUACAAUUUUUACGUCAGAGAUAUCGAAGAAUGUCUCGAGGAAAAUUGCACGCUACGACAGCUUGCGCAUGACGCCGUGGUUUAUAUCACCGGACCAGAAGCGGAAGAUCUGCAAGGACCAUUGCAAGAUACUCUGGACAAUUUGUCUGCUUGGGCUGUAAAGCUGAAUUUUCUCUGGAGAAAACUGAGUUAGUCUUCUUUUCUAGGAAGUGUGAUCUGGCCUAUCUAGAGCUUCAAUUUUUGGGUAAGGAACUCACUCAAGCUCUGUCGCAGCUAUCUAGGGGUCUGGUUCGACUCUAAAGGCACCUGGGGAAAGCACAUUAAUUAUCUGUACCAGAAGUGCCAACAACGAAUCAACUUCAUGCGUACACUCACCGGAACACGGAGGGGAGCCCACCCGGAAGAUCUGAUAAAGCUUUAUCGUACAACGAUACUGCCGGUUGUCGAAUAGGGUAGCUUUUGCUUUCAGUCCGCCGCGAAAACACAUAUCCUGAAGCUAGAGCGUAUCCAGAAUCGUUGUCUUCGGAUCGCGUUAGGGUGUAUGAACUCUAUGCACACAAUGAGUUUGGAGGUAUUAGCUACAGUACUCCCUUUAUCAGAUCGUUUCGUGGAAUUCUCGUUAAAAUUCCUCAUCCGCUGUGAGGUGCUGAAUCCAUUGGUAGGGUAUUGGUUCCCUUAUUAAGCAUGUGGCUCCCAUUUUCAUCCCACGAAAAACAAAGGAUUGAAGCGCUGUUUGUUUUGUUACUUAUUUUUGUAUUUUUUGUUAGAAGUGAGCACCCAUGAAAACAAAAAGAACGGAGUCAAUCGGUGCCGUAAUCGCUUGUUUUCGAAUAGGAUGAAAAUGGGAGCAUGAGAUUACUGAUGGCACACAUACCCUAAUUGAAAGCUUUGAGAAGUUGAUCGAACGAAUUCAUCAUACAAAAUUUAUGACAAUGUACUACUCGUACAUGACUCUGGAGGUUCACCCUUCUUUGAAUGUUCUCAACCGCGGUUGCUUCCCAGACUUUUUCAAUUCCACUAUAGGUUUUGAUCUGACCAUGAUGCAUGAAAUCCGUGGAAUACCACAUCCGCUCCGAUCGGAGCACAUUCCAAGAUUUUUUGCAAGCUAGUUGAGUCGUAUCAGUUGCGACAGAAAGUUUUUCACUGACGGGUCAAAAACCAAUGAUUCCACUUAGAUUUGGUGUAUUUAAUGAGCUUCAUAGCGCCGCCCACAAACUUCAAAGUCCUUGCUCAGUGUAUGUUGCAGCAUUGGCGGCUCAGAGCGAAUUGCCUUUCUUCCCUCUGAUCAAUAGUUACUUCAUUUUCACGGAUAGCCUCAGUUCAAUUGAGGCUAUUCGCUCAAUGAGGUCGGGAAAGCACUCCACGUAUUUCCUAAACGAAAUACGAUCAUUUCUGAGUGCUCUAUUGAAUCAAACUUAUAAUAGGGUAAGUGUACCAAUUAUGGCUAUAGUACCAAAUAUUCGCCAUAGUCAAUUUUCACACUUUAACGAUGUAAAUCAACAAGAAAAAAAUUGUGAACAACAGAUCACGUUCACAAAAGAAAGUCGCACUCAUUCAAACUCCACAUUUUCCUCAAAUCAUAGAAAUAAAUCAUUUUCCUUAAAAUUUCGGCUUCCUUGCACCCUUUUUCGCCAUAGUGUACCAAUAAUGGCUAACCCCUUAAGGAAUGCAUGCAAAUAGUGCGAAAAGGAACCGAAGUUAAAAAUGUAACCACAACUGGUACAGGGUUCCUAUCAUUGGCACACGCUGAAAUCAAUACUAAAAGUAGUUUUGGCUCCGUUUCUAUAUUUUUCCUGUAAAGUAUUGAAAGUAAGCUGUCUUUUAACUUAUUGAUGACAUUCUUUGGCCUUCUCGUUAUUUUUGUAUAAAUAGCUUCCUUAGGUAGUGCCAUAAUUGGUACACGCACCCUAUCACCUUGGUUUGAGUCCCUUCGCAUUGCUCGAUCCUGGGUAACGAGCAAGCGGACUCACUCGCCAAGGUGGGCGUUAUGGAAGGCGAUAUUUGUGACAUUCAUAUAGCCUUCAAUGAUUUUUUUUCGAUUGCUAGUCAGCAUGCCUUGGUCAGUUAACAACAACAAUGGGAUGCAGGAGAGUUGGGCAAUUCUGCCACAGGUAUCGAAGACGUCAUGGUUCAAGGGGUUGGACAUAGGUCGAGAUUGUAUCAAGAUAAUGUGUCGACUUAUGUCCAAUAACUACUCUCUGGGUUCGCAUUUCUAUCAAUUAGGGCUCACAGAUAGCAAUCUCUAUAGCUGUGGUGCAGGCUAUCAAGAUAUCAACCAUGUUGUGUGGGAAUGCCCCAAACACGGUAUUGCCAGAUCCGAUUUCUGAGCAUCCCUCAGGGCCCGAGGAAAACCAGAAAAGGAAGACAUUAGAGAUGUGUUGGGUAGACUUGAUCUUGAGUACAUGAAGCUUGUGUACGACUUUCUAAAAGAAGCUGAUGUCUUUGUUGGAUACCCCCGUCCUGUUGUUCCACUUGUUCACCUCGUGUCUUUGUUUGAUACCCCAGUCUUGUUCCUGCGCUUGUCCACCUCGUAUCCCUUCGAAAAUCGUCUGUUUGUAUCGUUACAGGUUGUUUGUCCACUCUACGGUUGACCAACAGCAAUACGCCACACCAUGCUGUAAUGUGUCAUCGAAAAGCCCCCAUUACCCUAUCCUUUCCUCACAUAUUUUUGUUCUCUGUAACCUCAACCAAACCGCGAGUUUUACGGUUCCCCAAAACUAACAUAGUUUAAGUAAAAAACAUGAAAUUGUAAAAAAAAUAACUGAAUUCGGCUCCGUUAUGCUUGGUGGCGCAUGAGCCUUAAAUAAACGUUUAAGUAAAAAAAAAAAGAAACAUUACAUUUAUGUGUCCACUUUAAGAAUGACAAAUCGACAGGUGUUCAUUUUUGUUUUGAAAAUUUUCUGAAAAAUUUCCCUAUACUUUAAACUCUUUACCCUAUAGGUUUAAACCUCUUUUUAUGAAACCACUAUUUAUUUAUGAUCCCUUUUCAGAAUCUAUGACAAAACGCCGAAAGACAUAAGGUCGAAUGUACAAAAGGUCGAAAAGGACAAAAGGUUGAAUAGGCAAAAUAAAAAUUGGAAGACAAGAAAAAGUGAUCAGAUUUAUUUGAUACGACAAUGAAAUUUCCGAUAAAAAUAAUAGAACCAGUGAUACCAACAUAAUUCAACAACUUAAAAAACAUUAUUGAAAGAUAGGAAAGUGUCUACUAAACCUUGUACAUACGAUCAACGAUCAAACGAUCAAAUCUGACCACUCAUGUCAAUGGUUGCUCCUCCGUGAUUGAUCUGAGCUGGUAUCAAUUGCACUGAGAUCCAAAUGAAUAAGGGCUGGGACACUUCACUUAUUCUCAAAGUGCAAUUUAAGCAGCUCAUACAUUUUGGAUCAAUAGCGGCGCCGGCCACGUCCUUAUAGUCAGCUGGGAAGAAAAAGGAAUGUUAGAGUGUGCUGGUUGUUGCUACUAAAGGCCAAGAUCACCUCUGCAUCCCCACAACCAGGACGGAUUGGGGUGUUUGUUAGACAGAAAGGAUGGGAGAUCUGGGAGUCACCGUUGGGUCGGUGAUGCGAUCCAUGGAUAGGGGGUUAUUUAUAGUUCGUAAGAUGAUAGAUUGUGUGGUGAAUAAGGUGAAUAAGGUCAAGCGGCACAGCACGCUUUGGCUGCAUAACUUGUAGGCAGGGGCGUUUAAUUUCGUUUCAAUGAUACACUUUCAUGCAACAUUUGAAUGAGUCACUUUAUCUAUUUGACACACUAUACGAGUCUUUCUUUUCUAUUUGAAAAACGUUCUCAUUCAUCGUAGCACUCGGUAGUCUCUCUUCGGGGUGGCGUUGCUUGUGCUUCAAUCGGCAGAACAGUAGUGCCUCACUUUUGCGCGUCAGUCUCUCAAUGGUUACGGGCGCCGAUUAAUUGGAUUUAAGCGGUCGAACUUGUGUUCCUUUUUCAUAAAACAUAAUGAUCAUUAUAUUGGCGUGCACCACUAUUUGAAAAAUUGUUUAAAAUAGUGUUUUUAGCACAUUGACAUUUUUCAAUGACCCACAAUUGAAACGAAAAUCCAAAGUGCUUCACUUCAAUUUUCAAACACACUAGUUUUAGUAGCAAUAAUGAACGAGCGUGUUGCAGUGUGAGUUAUGAAGCAUCGCAGCAGUCCCGUCGCAUGGGAAACGAUUUGCUACAGCUUUCGUACGUCAUGUUUUCCUUUCGAAAUUGCACGUCCCUGCUUGUAGGCACUGCGCUGUGUGUGGAAAUUGGAUGGGAGGGAAACGACUUUUAUUUCAAUUCGUUUCUGGUUCUAGCGAUGACUAUGAACAUAUGAAUAUACAUGAGUUGUAUAUGCAGAGAAGAGAGAGAGAGAGAAAGUGGAUAGAAAGAUACAAAGUAGGAUGAAAGGGACGGGCCAGGUAUUGAACCCAUGACCUUCUGCAUACGAAUCAGAAGCGGUAACCACUAGACCACCAGUCCCGUCUAUCUACUAAACCUUGUAUAUAGUAGCUUAAAUGCUACUAUGCUAAGUGUAGAAUAACGAUGAAUCAUAGAUUAAAAUAUUGCCAUUUGAAACCCCAAUCAUUAUAGCGAUUUAAUAAAGCCAAACAGUCUAUGAAUUAGAGAAGGACAAAUCUCCGGGUAUUGUAUGAGCACACAAAACCUAAACAGUGUUAUUCGCAGCAACUACCUAUCAAUCCAAGAGGGGAUAAUCACUAAGCAUAUGUAAUCAAUGAUUUUUUUUCUGCAGUGUAGUUGGAAAGAACAGCUAUUGAAUAAAAGAAGGCAAAAUUUCUGAUUGAAAAAUAAGUAUGUACCUUAAAAGUCAAUAAUUAUUUCAGUAACAAAACUUACAAACUCGUGUUCAAAAGAAACGCUCAAAAAUUUAGAUGGCAAUAUAGUUACCACUGCCUGUUUGGGGUGCGUUUCUUCCCAAGACAGCGACAAACAGCCAGAAAAGAGUUUUGAAGUGAAAAAACCCUAAUUAAUCCACCUAGCGGUGAUGAUGCCUUUCUCGUGCUUUAAAAUAUCCUUGCAACAAAACUCAAGCGACGUGUUGAUGACAUUGACAUAAAUACAAAAUGGAAACUGCUUGCUAAAUCUACUCAAUAUGGAUACAUUUUGUAUUAGCAGAACAUCCAAUAUUCAGAAAAUAUAAGACAACGAUCCAAAAUUCAAACCAAACAAGUGUUAUGAAGCCGUAAAAUUUCGGUCAUCAUUUUUUGACUCCGGAUAUCUACCCCAACUAAACUAAGCGCCAUCUUAAACAUUGAGACACCAUCUUGGAUGUUCUGGUAUUCAUUUUUGGAUUCUGCACCUAAAAUUACAUAAAAUAGUCACCGUAAUGAAUUUUGGCAUAUCGUUUAUGGUUUUCUGGUUACCAGUUUUGGACGAAGACCGGCAUUCUUCCCCAUUCAAACUAUAAUCAUAUUGCAGACCUUGUGAAACAGCGCACAGCUUGGGUUUUCUGAUUACAAAUUUUGAAUUCUGGACAUAUUUCCAUACAAAAUAUGCCCAUAAUGCAAGAAUUUAAAAUCCUUUCAAAUAGGCGCUAACUUGAAUACUGGACCAUUAUCUUGGAUUUUGGACCGCUAUCUUGGAUACUCUGGUGGACUCCGAACAUAUUUCCCAUACCAAAUACACUUAUUUUACAUAGUUUUAGAGCUCAAAGUUCAUUAAAACAGCCGCUAUCUUCUGUUGACGCGAUCAAAUUCUUAUAUUUCCAUUCAACGUUGACCCAUCCUGCUAUAAAUUUAUACCUUAGGAAUCUGGAAUGGUACGAUUUGAUGAGAUCGCUUUAGAUUUGUCAAUAUUUUGUUCUCUUUCAUAUAUGAGAACUUAGACCUAUUCGUCACUGUUGUUCAUACCUAAUGUUUAUCAGGCCAUUAAACAAAGCCACGAUUUAAUUUUUCACAUGAACAUUGGUUCUGCUACACAACAGCAGGUCUGUAAUGUGAUCUAAGGCUAUUUUCUUGCUAACCGUUCAUUAGAUUAUCAAAAAAUCUGCGAUCUGAUGUGUCGUAUGUAUGGGUUUGGUUCAUUUUUAUAUUUGGUAAUUUCCGGUGGUAUACCCGGAUCUGAUUCCAUGACACUACCGGUUGUCCCAAUUAUGGUCUGAGAUUAUUUUAUUGCUAAUUCUUCACCUUCACCUAAUCACCGCGAUUUGAUUUAUCGCAUGUAUGGGUUUGAUUCACUUUUACUUCUAAUCACUUUCGAAGCCACAGCUGAACCCGCAACACUACCGGGAAUCUAAUGUGGUCUGACCCUAUUUUUCCAUCAGGUUGUCGAUAAGUCGUGAUCAGUCUUGUUAGAGAUCACAAUCAUUUGAACCUUUCGUCGAUAUUGGGCCUCCUUUGUCUCCGACAUUUGCAACAUAAGCAAUCAAACUACUGUUCGAAACAAAAAUGUCAAACGAAUGCACUUCACGACGAUAGCGGCUUCAUGAGACGGUUCGGCUUUUGUUAUUCCUGUCUUCUUCCAUAAUAAGAGCUAUAUUGCCCAUCUAUGUGUCGCAUUCAAUGCAACAUGCAAGAAUAAACUAAUAUUAACAUUCAUAAUCGGAAUUGGCUGAAAAUCUAUGCGUAAAGUUAGAAUUAGACAAAUGUCAUCGUAUCAGAUGACAUUAAUUUGGCCCUUUCUUAUGUUUAUUGAUCUUCGUUCUACUGCUCGUGUUGUGUGUAAGAGGUAACGGUAGCGCACGAAUGUAACAAAGCAAGCUGACACACGACUGCGGUAGCGAAAUGAAGGUAGUAAAAAGUGUCGAAUGUCGUCAAGACUGGUCGUGAUUUGAUGUACCGCAUCCAUGGGUUUGGUUGAAUUUUACAUUUUACUACCCGGAUCUGAUUCCGGGUAACUACCGGCUGAACCAAAUAUGGUCUGACACUAUUGUCUUGUUAACUGUUCAUCGGUUAACCAAAAACGUUGCAAAUUGAAGGUGUCACAUGCAGGGUUUGACAAUUUCGACGGGACUCUCAGAACCAAUUCCGGAACACUACCAGUUGUCUCUAGUGUGAUCUAAGGCUAUUUUCUGGCUAACUGUUCAUCAGGUUAUCGAUUUGAUGUGUCACAUGCCUGCAUUUGGUUUACUUUUAUAUUUGGCCUCUUCCGGCCACUCAAAACCGAUUCCGAAACUCUUGCUGGCCUGGUUGCAUUAGGUAAUCUAAAAAGCCGCUAUUUGAUGUGACGCAUGCACGGGUUUGUUUCUCUUUCAGAUUUGACCACUUCGCCGGGAACCCCAGAACCGGUUCUGGAACACUGGUUCAGAUAUGGUCUGAGAUGAUUUUCCUGCUCAUUGUCCAUCAGGUAAUCGAAAAUGCCGUGAUUUGAUGUGUUGCAUGUAUGGGUUUGGUUCAAUUGUAUAUUUGGCCACUUCCAGCGGGACGCCUAGAACCGAUUCCGGAACACUACCGGUUCAGAUAUGGUCUGAGAAUGUUUUCCUGUUCAUUGUCCAUCAGGUCAUCGAAAAUGCCGUGGUUUGAUGUGUCGCAUGCAUGGGUUUGGUUCAAUUGUAUUUUUGGCCACUUCCAGUGGAACGCCUAGAACCGGUUCCGGAACACUACCGGUUCAGAUAUGGUCUGAGAUGAUUUUCCUGCUCAUUGUCCAUCGGGUCAUCGAAAAUGCCGUUGUUUGAUGUGUCGCAUGCAUGGGUUUGGUUCAAUUGUAUAUUUGGCCACUUCCAGUGGAACGCCUAGAACCGGUUCCGGAACACUACCGGUUCAGAUAUGGUCUGAGAUGAUUUUCCUGCUCAUUGUCCAUCGGGUCAUCGAAAAUGCCGUGGUUUGAUGUGUCGCAUGCAUGGGUUUGGUUCAAUUGUAUAUUUGGCCACUUCCGGCGGGACACCCGGAAACGGUUCCGGAACACUAUCGGUUCAGAUAUGGUCUGAGACUAUUUUUCUGCUUACCGCUCAUCAGGUUAUCGAAAAUGCCAUGGUUUGAUGUGUCGCAUGCAUAGGUUUGAUGCGUUUUCAUAUCUGGUCCCUUCCUGGGGUACCGUUCCGGAACACCUAAAUGGCCAUAACUCUGGGACGGCUGGACCGAUCCGAACCAUUUUCAAUAGGAAACAAUGGGACCAGAAACCCCGCCGAAUGAACCGUCGGUCGUUAAAAUCGGUUGAGGUUUACUGCCAAAAAGUGAUGUGAGUUUAUUUGUACACACACACACACACAUACACACAUACAUACACACAUACAUACACACAUACAGACAUCAUCUAAAUUCGUCGAGCUGAGUUGAUUGGUAUAUGUGACUCGACACUCCGAGCCUUCUAUCAAAAAGUCAUUUUUGGAGUGAACAUAUAGCCUUUCCAGUACACUUGUGUACGAGAAAGGCAAAAAGACUAAACCCAUAAUAUUUCUUAGAAUAUUAACUAAAUCAUCGGUUUUACAGCAAGUUUGAGCUUAUUUUCAGUAGACAGUCAAAUUUUGUCAUUUCCCAGUCGACAAACAUGUCCGAAAUUGUGAUUAAAGCUUACUUCAGGACCAAAAAAAAAUACAGCGUUGUUAGUAAUCCCAGGUUUAAGGGAACUGAAAAAGAUUUACAAUAUAACUUGUUAUACUGCAGAAAAAAUAAAAAUUGUAGGUGGCAAUAUAGUUCCUACUGUCUUAAAGCGUUAAACAGGGAGAAUUCUUUGCUAAACCGAAAAAUCUGUAUUUAACCACUACUAUCCACCGUUAGCCACGACUAGUCACUGCGCGGUUAGUGACAAAAUAGCAACGGAUUUUUUCCGGUUAGCAGGUUCCCUCUGCCUUUAAGGGGAUCUCAGGGAGUUUCCAGAGUUUCUGCUUAAACCAGAGAGUAUCAGGAAAUCCCAGGGGUGUUUAAGGGUGUCUCAGGAGUCGCGAGGCACUAGUGAAUCAUUUUUUUUUUAAUUGUGCCAAUGCCAAUAAGGGGCUCGUGUUCGACAUUUCAGCCAAUUCGUUUGCCAAUUUCAAAAGUUACAGUGCUGGUAAGCUAAAUUUGAUGCUGUACAAAAUUCAAUUGCGCACAUUCUACUGUUUCAUUGCUACACCCAAAAGUAUUGCACCGAUAUACAUGUUGCAGAUGAAAUGAUGACAUUUCAAUAAGUUUCUAUGCCAAAUUUGAGCAUUUUUUGUGUAUUCAUUGCAGAGUUACAGCCAUAUUUUGGUGUCCCGAUUAUUGUCGAUACAGGCUUUAUGUUAUACAUAUGCUUAUGGUACAGACUAUCCGAUGAAAUUAAACCAAAAAUAACAAGCUUAACAGAUCUUUUUGUUUUUAAUGUGUCCUACUUAUCGUUAGAUACAUGUUUUUAAAUCGAAUAAAUAAAGCAAUUCAAAUGUCAAAUAAUCCCCAAAUAAGCGGCAGAUCCAACCAGUUUACCACGCAAACAAACAAGCCAACAGGAUAAAUAUUUAAAUAAUUCAUAUUCGCUUGUCCCGAACCCCGAUGGAAAACAUCAAACAUGCAAAUGUAUAUUUACGACGCCAGUCAUCACCGGUGACAUCAAACGCACACCGAUGAUGGCGGCGGCGAUGUCAAAAGUCCGAAAGGACACAUUUUCCGGGUCACCUCUCGUUGUUUUUGGGUGCCAGCCACCCGAACCCUUUUGCUCUUUGACGACCUGUUGUUGCCAUCACGCAAAACAGUAAUGCCCUGUUAUCAUCCCACAUUUAUGCAAACUAUUUCGGUGUCGCCGCCAUCCCUACCAACCGACCACCUAGCCUCCGAAAAACAAAUCGGGCUCGUUAUCCUGUUCACCCGACUACGACGACGAAAGCUAUCACUGAACCGGAAAAGGAUGUUUGUGAUGCGUCACAUCACAUGUGCUGAAACAGAAACAGAAAGCCAAACUCAUAUAUGUAUGUACCGAACCCACACUGAAACCGGUCAUCGUCAGUCAUAGCCAGUUGGCGUGCCUAUUAUUUAUGGUGGUUUGAUUUGCAUACAGAAACAGAAUGAUUUUGCCGAACUAAAAUAAGCCCGAUUUGCGAGUGGUGAAACACGAAUUCAAGUGAACA